AAACAAAGAGUAAACAGAGUAAAGGUUGGUCUCUAAUCGAACUUCAGGACAUACUGUGGGCUUUAUAAUUCAGUCCAGCUUGGGGAAAGACACGGCAGCUGCCUGGACAGGGCCUAAAUUCAUCUGCUGGCUCAACUUGAAAAGGAAACAUGGAAAGGAACAUCAUAUAUUUGUGGAUCUGUGCUUUUGCAGUAGUUUAUGGGAAUCAAGAGACUUCACCCCAACCUCCCAUCAGCGCUAAACUCCCAUCAUUGAUAAAAAUGAACAAUGAUUUUGCUUUUCACCUGUACAAGAGGCUUGUAGAAAUGCCCGAUUAUCAGUCGAGGAAUAUCUUCUUCUCUCCCUUCAGUGUGUCCAUGGCCCUUUCUGAGCUGUCUUUAGGAGCCGGAGGUAAAACCAAAGAGCAGCUUCUCAGUGGCAUUGGCCAUAACGGCUCUGUCUUCAGCACUGAAGAAAUGCACGAGAUGUUCCACAGUCUCCUGGAAGAAAUCGACCAAAGGACAGGGGUGGACAUCGAUGUCGGCAGUGCUCUAUAUGCAAGCGACAAAUCCAAGCCUCAUCCUAAGUUCCUGGAGAACAUGAAGGAGUUUUACCACUCUGACGGCUUCACUGUGGAUUUCCGUGCUGCGGAAACAUUAGAAAAAAUUAACACGUAUGUAAAGGAAAAAACACAUGGUAAAAUAGAUCGAGCUGUAGAUUCUCUAGAUCCCAGUACUAUCAUGUUACUUCUCACUUACAUAUAUUUUAAAGGACAAUGGGACAUGCCAUUUAACCCAAACAAAACCCAUGAGGCUACAUUUCAUGUGGACCAUGAGACUACGGUUCCAGUACAAAUGAUGCACCAAAAUGAACUCCUUAAAGUUUAUUAUGACGCUGAACUCUCUACUAAAGUCCUCUGUCUAGACUACAACGACUCUUUCUCCAUGUUUCUGGCUGUACCAGAUAAAAACAAAGAUCAGACCAUCAAAGAUCUGGAGAAGGCCAUCUCUAGACAGCACAUUGAAAAGUGGAAGACAGCUGUCCAGAAAAGAAAACUUGACGUCUAUGUACCCAAGCUGUCUCUGAAAACAGAAUAUACCCUAAACGAUAUUUUGAAUGGAAUGGGAAUAACAGACAUGUUUACAAAUAAAGCUGACUUCUCAGGAAUUUCAGAAGCAAAUUUCUAUGUUUCAAAGGUUUUGCAUAAAGCCACCCUGGAUGUAGAUGAGAAAGGAACCACCGCAGCAGCAGUAACCACAAUUGAAAUCAGACUUGCUUUCUUACCAAUGACAUUCCGUUUUGACCGUCCAUUCAUGAUCUUCAUUGUUGACCAAAAAAAUGACCAUAUCCUCUUUUUAGGAAAAGUUGUCAACCCGGCAGCGAUGUAAUGAUGUGACAUUCAAGAUUCAUCCAGCAGAUGGCCAUAAUUUAACAACUAUCAUCAUGCCAUCAUUUUGCCAACGCCUUUAGAAUUUGUAUAGGAUAACUGUUGGUGUUACGUACUGUAUGAAGAUGGUUGCUAGGUCUUCUUUAAUAGUGAAUGUCUGCUUAUACUACGUCUAUAUUAAAUGUAAUAAUUGGAAAGAGGUCUUCAAAAGAUUUCAGUGAAAUAAGAAAAAAGCAUCUGGCCACAACUGUUAUUUCGUAUCUUUCCUGCUAACUUCCGCUAUCGCUCAUACACCACGUUAUACACUGCUCUUAUUAUAAUGAAAACUACAAUUCACUAUCUGUGAGUUAUAAAUGUGUGGAAAAUGCUUGUUAUAAAAUAAAGUUGGUUUUACUGGCA